GAAGGGUGAGGAUGACCCAACAGAUGCAAAAUCUACAACUUACCCAAUCCAAAAAAAUCACUGCGCCCUCUUCACCCAAUGCCGCCAAGCGCCUCUAUCGAAACCUCUCUGAAAAACUUAAGGGCAGCCACUCGUCGUUUGAUGAGGCUUAUUUCAAGGCAAGAGCAGACCGUUUCCGCAAGCCUUCUGUAAACUUCCAGUGCAAUGAAGCCAUAUUUGAGGCAGUGGAGCAGCAGGACCUUGAGGCUGUCCAGAUCCUUCUCUACCAGUAUACAGCUGAGGAACUGGACCUCAAUACUCCCAACAGCGAAGGAUUGACCCCCUUGGAUAUUGCUAUCAUGACAAAUAAUGUACCCAUUGCUCGAACACUGUUGAAGACUGGAGCCAAGGAAAGCCCCCACUUUGUGAGCCUGGAGAGCAGAUCGAUGCAUCUGAGUACGCUGGUGGAAGAAGCCCAACAACGAAUGAGUGAACUGACGGCCAAGAUACAGAAUGAAAGUUUGGGAAUAGACAGCAGUGAGAAAGAGAAACAGCUUAAGUCCUGGGAGUGGAGAUAUCGCUUGUACAAGAGAAUGAAGACUGGCUAUGAACAUGCAAGAGUCCCUGAGGCACCAACCAAUGUGUGCCUUUUGAUUACAAGCAGUUCAUCCCUUACUGUCACGUUCCAAGAGCCUUUGAGUGUCAACUCAGCUGUUGUGACCAAAUACAAAGUUGAGUGGAGCAUCUCAUCAGACUUCUCCCCUUUGAAUGGUGAAAUCAUUGUGGAUCAUCUACAGUCCUUAAAAUGUACCAUCACAGGCCUCACUAUGGGUAAAGAAUACUAUGUUCGUGUUUCUGCCUGCAAUAUGAAGGGGUGGGGGCCAGUGGAACUUUCUAGCCCUGCUUGCGCAUCUCCUUCCAACUGGAAAGACUACGACGGGCAAGAGUUGAGGCACAAGGGACAGAUUGAAGCACUGGAGCGUCUCCUGCAGCAGGUCCGAGCUGUUCAUCAACAUUACAGCUGUCGAGAAAGUGCGAAAUUACAAAACUCGAGUCGCAAGCAGUCCGUGUCCAGAAGUCUGAAGCAUCUUUUCCACUCAUCGAACAAAUUUGUCAAGACAUUAAAAAGGGGUUUGUACAUAGCUGUGAUAUUUCACUACAAAGAUAACAUGUUAGUGACCAAUGAAGAUCACAUUCCAAUAGUGGAAAUCGAUGAUUCUUGUACUAGUUCCAUUAUGCAAGAUUUUGUCUGGUUUACCAAGCUGUCUCAUAUGUGGGAUGACAUCAGGUGGUUGCGGCAGAGUAUGUCAAUCUCCAUGUCCUCAUCUACGGCCCUACAAGCCCGACAGAAGAUGUUGGCAGCAGCUGCUCAGCUUCAGAACUUACUUGGCACUCACAACUUAGGCCGGGUAUAUUACGAGCCCAUAAAGGACAGGCAUGGCAAUGUCUUGUUCGUCACCAUUCGAGAAGUUGAGACCUUGUAUUCUUUUUUCAAUGGCAAAUGGAUGCAAAUCUCAAAACUGCAAAGCCAGAGGAAAUCCCUGUCGACUCCCGAGGAACCGACGGCCCUGGACAUCUUACUCAUAACCAUCCAGGAUAUACUGAAUUAUCAGAAACGGAGUCAGCAACGCCUGUCCCCAGGACUGUAUCUGGGUUAUCUUAAGCUGUGCAGUUCUGUUGAUCAAAUCAAAGCGCUUGUUUCCCAGAGAGUUCCAAAUAUGCUGUGCCAUGUCAAGAUACGGGACAACAGUAAUAUUUCCAAAGAUGAAUGGGAAUGGAUUCAAAAUCUAUCAAUGGUUGAGAAUUUGGACAGCAUGGAGCUCUCCCUGGAUGCGCAUACUCACCUGUUUCUCUAUGACCUCCAGAUAGCAGUGAAGGCCCUACUUAAACAGAUCAAUCUACCUCUUCACCAGGCCAAGCACUUCCGUAUUUACACACAGGAGGUGUUGGAGCUGGGUCACAAUGUCUCCUUUCUUCUGUUGCUCCCUGCCUCAGACGAUGUCUGCAGUGCCCCAGGACAGAGUAAUCCGUACACCCCACACACAGGAUUUCUUCACCUCCCCCUUCAGAUGUUUGAACUAGUUCACUUUUGCUGCUACAAAGAGAAGUUUAUCAGCUUGUAUUGUCGACUGUCUGCUAUAGUAGAUCUGGACUCCUUAAUUUCCCAGCAGGCCUUGCGUGAAGCGAUUUCAGAUGAUGAGGUUGCAGCAGCUAAGCAGAGGCAUCAGCAAGUCUUGGACUACAUACAGCAAACAGAUGAAAUUUGGCGUGAAGUGCGGUGGAUCAUGGAUGCUCUUCAGUAUGCAAGGUAUAAGCAGCCGGUUGCUGGACUGUCAAUAACCAAAUUUCUCGAUCUUACGGAAGAGCAAAUCCAGAAGAAAAAUAAUUCCACAUCCUCACACCUGGACUGUCUGCCAUCGCCUUCGCCAUCACCUGAAAUGCAUCGCAGGAAAGCUGUAAGCGAUUCUCAGCCGUGUUCUGAUGAAGAAGGCUGUUCUGAAGUGUUCCUUCCUACGGAUAGCGAUUAUGAUUCCAGCGAUGCUCUCAGCCCUCGCGAGCUGGAUUUGGUGUAUUCGUCUUCUCAUGACUUCUCCCAGCAAGCAAUGUUCGGGCUGAGUGGAAGCGCCCCAGAUGUUCUGCAGGUCAACGAUAUGAAGCCUUGUCUCAGCUUAAAGGAAGAAUGUAGCGCCUUAGAACCCAGCGCAGAGUACUGUGCUAGAUACAUGGAUAACCUGUCUGUAGUGGAUUUCUCAACAAAAAGCACAGAUAAAGCAUCCAACUCUAAGCAUCACUUGAGUCUUUUGGGGAAGAAGAGAUCUGCAAAACAUCAACAUUGCAACUAUUUUAGCCGACAUCACCGCUGGCUUAGAGUACAUAGCGAGUCACAGUCCUUGUCGGAAGGUGUCUACACACAGCACAUGUCUCAAGCUGUGGAUCUAACUGAAGAGCCUACCUCUGGUCAACAAACAAUGAUACCGGUUGACAGUCCACGAAGCACUUAUUUACCUCAUGCUUCGAGCUUGCCGGAAGAUAGCAAAUCCAAACCUAUUGUCCGUAGAAUCUACGUUGAGCCUUACAAACAAAUUCUGCAUGAAGAUGAAACAAAAACAUGGACCUUGAAUAUAGACGGGUCACGAUCGCCUGCCAAGGAACCCACCUUGCAAAUUAUUGCUGCUCCUGACACUGACCCAGAUGAAAAGGAGAACUUGCAGCUACCGGAAGUUUUUAGCAGCACGCUAUAGUGAAAUGGGACAUAACAUAGCGAAACCUAGGACUUUUAUUUCAAUUAUCAGACUUUCUGCAUUUUACAGGUUCAACUCUCAUCUCGCUGCUCCUCAAAUGCAUAGUUGUUGGUACUUUUGUGUUGUGUGUUUUCGAGUUUGCAGUGUAAUGAAGAUAUUCUGAAAAGGUUUGUUCCAUGUAGAGGGGUUGUGUGUGAAACACUUGGUAACUGUGCAUAGCUUUCCAAAACUACUCAAAUAUUUUUUAGGUGACCCCAUCAUUAUGAAACAAAAAGUGAAAUGGAGGCACCCUGUAAGAAAAAAAAAGCUUAAUCCCAGAUAGCAAGGUUAACUUGCCACAAUUUUGGGGCAAUGUGGAAUUGUAAGUCUGUUAACAUGCUGCACAUUUC